UCUUACCCAACUUAGCAACAUUUUGGAGUUGCAAACCAAGACCCACAAUUUUACUCUCUCAUUCAACCAAUAUUGGCAAAGCAUGGAUUCUCUUAUUCAAGCUUUGGACCCUUUAACCAUGGCCUUCUUGUUCAUGUUUCCUUUACUCUUCUUGUUAGGUUUUGUCUUUCGUCGUCGUAAAUUACCAUAUCCACCGGGACCUAGAGGCUUACCGAUUAUCGGUAACAUGCUGAUGAUGGACCAGUUAACUCACCGUGGCCUUGCGAAAAUCGCUAAGCAAUACGGUGGAUUGUUUCAUAUGCGUAUGGGGUACUUGCACAUGGUGGCUGUUUCGAAUCCUGAAAUGGCUCGCCAAGUUCUUCAAGCUCAAGACAACAUUUUCUCUAAUCGACCAGCCACCAUAGCUAUCAGUUAUCUAACUUAUGAUAGAGCUGAUAUGGCUUUUGCUCACUACGGUCCCUUUUGGAGACAGAUGCGUAAGCUCUGUGUCAUGAAACUUUUUAGCCGUAAAAGGGCUGCGUCGUGGGAGUCAGUUAGAGACGAGGUUGAUACUCUUGUAAGAUCUGUAGCCGAACAAAAUGGAAAACCAGUGAACGUUGGGGAGUUGAUUUUUUCACUCACUAGCAACGUUACUUAUCGGGCUGCUUUUGGGUCGAGUUCUCAUGAUGGCCAAGAUGAAUUCAUUAGUAUUUUGCAGGAGUUCUCCAAGUUGUUUGGUGCUUUUAACAUUGCGGAUUUCAUUCCUUCGCUUGGGUGGCUUGACCCACAAGGUCUCAACACCAGACUCGCCAAGGCUCGUCAAUCUCUUGACAGGUUUAUUGACAAGAUCAUCGACGAUCACAUGCAGAAGCAAAGAAACGUUGAAGCUGAAACCGAUAUGGUUGACGAUUUACUUGCUUUUUACAGCGAAGAAGCAAAAGUAAACGAAUCAGAAGAUCUACAAAAUGCCAUCAAACUCACAAGAGAUAACAUCAAAGCUAUUAUCAUGGAUGUGAUGUUUGGUGGGACAGAAACGGUGGCAUCGGCAAUCGAAUGGGCCCUGGCGGAGCUGAUGAAAAGCCCGGAAGACCUGAAACGUGUGCAGGAAGAACUAGCAAACGUUGUUGGGUUAGACCGCCGAGUUGAAGAAUCAGACUUUGAUAGAUUAACGUUCCUAAAAUGUGCCCUUAAAGAAACUUUAAGACUUCACCCACCAAUCCCACUCCUCCUCCAUGAGACCGCCGAGGACGCGGAGGUUGACGGUUACCGCAUUCCGGCGAGGUCACGUGUCAUGAUCAACGCUUGGGCUAUUGGUAGGGAUCCAGGUUCUUGGCAGGAUCCUGAAACUUUUAGGCCAUCAAGGUUCUUGAAAGAAGGUAUGCCUGAUUUUAAAGGAAACAAUUUUGAGUUUAUACCAUUCGGGUCGGGUCGUAGAUCAUGUCCGGGUAUGCAACUUGGGUUAUAUACACUUGAUUUAGCUGUGGUUAAUUUGCUUCAUUGCUUUAAGUGGGAAUUACCUGAUGGAAUGAAACCAAGUGAGCUUGAUAUGAGUGAUGUGUUUGGACUCACUGCACCCAGAGCCAGUCGACUCAUUGCCGUACCGAGUAAGCGCGUGAUUUGUCCUCUUUGAUUUCCCGUAAAAACUAAAAGGGACGGAUUAAUGGUGGUUCUGGAGAAGUUUUUUUACAUAAAAAGUGGUAGGGGCAGUGAAAUGGUGACUCCUGAAUUGUGGUUUAUCGGAUUUUUGUGUUUAUAUAUUUGGGGAAGAAACAAAGAAAUAAACGGAAAAGAGACUGAUAAAUAGGAGAGUCCAAUUUGGACUCUCUUUACCGCCUGUGGGUAAACACUCUCUUUACUUUUAUGUGGAGCUUCUUGUAUUAUCUAUUUCUUUUCUCUCUCUCUCUCUCUUUUUUUUUUUUUUUAAUCUUUUAUCUUUUUACUUUUGGAUAUGACACUCAAAUAAUAAUGUUCAAAGAAAUUGUUGUUGUUCGAAUCAA